AUGCCCUGGGAAGGAGCAGCAAAACCUUCUGUCAAGCUCCCCUUCCUCUCCUGUGCUACAAAUAGUCCCCAGCUGAGGGUCUCCCGGUGCCCACCGGCAGCCAGCCCUCGGCCGCACACACCCGCGUGGGCAGUGACCCACGCGAGCUGCCUUUCCCACACCAGGAAGCGAGUGUCACAUCCUGGUCCUGCUCGCCUCUCCUCACAUCUACCCGUCCCCACCGGUGUGACAGCGCAUGGCAUGGCCAGUGGCCGGGGCCUGAGGGCAGGGACAUGGGCAUCCUCCCCAUCGGAGUGGGCAUCCUGGAACACAUCCUUUGGGGGGCCAGGCAACGGGAGCGAGCCCCUCUCCGGCCCCUGGUACAGCACACACAAGACUCAGCUCUUGGGAGUUUUACUUGCUGCUGCUUCAAAUUUUCUGAUUAGUGUCUCUUUGAAUAUACAGAAAUGCACUCAUCUCCGACUGGCUUGCCAAACAGAGCCGAAGCCCUACUACACGAGCAAGCUAUGGUGGUGUGGGAUUAUCCUCCUGGGGCUUGGAGAGGUGGGCAAUGUCACAGCCUAUGGAUUUGCCCCCAUUGCCCUUGUCGCUCCACUGGGAUGUGUAUCUGUCAUAGGUAGUGCAUUUAUUUCUGUCUUAUUCCUAAAGAAGACCAUGAGGGCUGCUGAUAUAUUGGGAGGAACACUGACAGUGACAGGGACAUACUUGUUGGUGACAUUCGCUCCAAAUGUACCCCAGGAGCUCACAGCAAGACAAGUACAGAAUUACUUAGUGAGCUGGCCUUUUUUGGUAUAUUCGAUCUUAGAAAUUAUAAUAUUCUGCAUUCUCCUCUAUUUUUACAAAAGGAAGGCUGUGAAACACAUCGUGGUUUUGUUAAUGAUGGUAGCACUACUGGCAUCACUGACUGUCAUUGCUGUAAAGGCUGUGGCCAGCAUGAUAACACUCUCUGCAAAGGGGAAAAUGCAGCUAACUUACCCUGUUUUCUAUAUCAUGAUUGUUUUAAUGGCAACUUCUUGUGCUUUCCAAGUCAAGUUCUUGAAUCAAGCAAUGCAUCUGUACAAAGCAGCAGCAGUUGUGCCCAUUAAUUUUGUGUUCUUCACCACCAGUGCCAUCAUUUCAGGGGUCGUAUUUUAUCGGGAAUUCCAAAGUGCAGCUUUGCUGAGCGUGUUCAUGUUUCUGUUCGGGUGUCUCCUAUCUUUCCUUGGUGUAUUUGUAAUUGCAAGAAAUAAAAAAGAGGAGCAUUUACAAAUUCCUUUUAUUGACUGUGGACAUAUUCCUGGACAAAAACUGACAGGCAAAAUACAACCAGAUUCUCACAGUCCAUGCUAUGGCACUUUGAAUAAUGAAGAUGACUCGGUGAAAAGUCAAAGCUGAAAGAAGAAAGCACCUUACAUGCCAAUUAACAGGAGGAAUGCCACUGGAACAAGGAACAGCAGCACCCUUUUGUUGGACAUAUUCAAGUAUAUGUUGAACUCCCGUGUGUUGAUGAGUCAUAGUAUUAUUUAAUGCUACUUAAUUUAUCCCAUGGUUGUCCCAAAUGUGUUCUGAAGAUAAAGGAAGCCUUAAGAAAAACUAAAUAACCAUUAACGAAACGGAACACUCUCCUAGUAUCAAUGCCUCUUGGUGAUAUUUUUAGAGUCUUAAUUGCCUUGAAAAUGCAAAUAGGCACAGAACAGGAUUAUAAAAAUUCCCCUUUGAAACCCCUCAAAUCUGUGUAGAUACUUAAAGACAAAGGUGGGAAACAAGGAGAAUUUUUGUAAGUGACUUCAAAGUAUUCUGGUAUAUGUAUAAUACCUUUAAAAAUCUGAUCCUUCCUGUUCAGGAGUCAAAACUGUGGGCAUAUAUACCAUAUGCACAAAUAUGUACACACAAAGUGUUUUAUAUUAUGUGUAGAGGGAAAAUCCUGAUUAUUUUCUGCCAUCAGAUUAAUUCUCUUCUCUUCCAAGGAAAUAAACACUUGUGUGAGGAGGGGGAAGGAAGAGAGCAUUUGCCAUAAACGUAGGCACGUGCACACACGCACACAUUUGAGGUGCCCAGCCAAGAUAGAGCUAGGGAACCAUGCUUGACAUUCUGCAUCCUCCCAGGAGAGUCCUGUGCACUGCGCUGGACUGGGCUGGGCUACACUAUCUGUUAGUAUAGUCUAGCCUGAGGUUUAGCCUCUGUUUUCAGGAAAACAAGGAUUUAGUGAAGAAAGUGCAAAGUUCUCCAGAGGGAAUGGGGUAGCCAGGCUCUCUCCCUCCCUUGAUGUGUCUUGGAAAAAUACUCCUAAAAUAGAAAAGUAGGGCAACUCCU